CUCCACACAUUUUCCCAUUGCCUUAUCUUCCUUUCCCUCCAAACAGGGAGGGAGAAUCCAUCAACCAUCUUCCAAUAAUCCUACACAAUUUCUGCUCAAUUUUUCCUCUCCAAUGGCGACCAAAUUGACGCUCUCCUUAGCAUCCUCGAGUUCGCUCACUGUUCCGAUUCAGAAUCAGAAACCAGCAGCUUCUCUGUUUUCUUCUUCUUCUUCAAGGUCCCAAUUGGUUAGGGUUUCUAGCCGGCGCCUGUUCCUUCGACGGCGAGUGGUUCUUCCACCUCCCCGGGCAACUACUGAUCAACCAGGUCAGGUUGAGGAAGAUGAAGUUGUUGAUAGUAACGUCCUUCAAUAUUGUAGCCUAGACAAGAAGGAGAAAAAGUCCAUUGGAGAACUUGAGCAAGAAUUUCUCCAAGCUUUACAGGCAUUCUAUUACGAGGGUAAAGCAAUUAUGUCAAACGAGGAAUUUGAUAAUCUCAAGGAAGAACUUAUGUGGGAAGGCAGCAGUGUUGUAAUGCUAAGUUCUGAUGAACAAAAGUUUUUGGAAGCUUCAAUGGCAUAUGUAUCUGGAAAUUCGAUUAUGACGGAUAAAGAAUUUGACGAAUUGAAGCUGAGACUUAAGAUGGAAGGGAGUGAAAUUGUGGUUGAGGGUCCCCGUUGCAGUCUCCGGAGUAGAAAGGUUUAUAGUGACCUUUCUGUGGACUACUUUAAGAUGUUCCUCUUGAAUGUUCCAGCCACUGUAGUUGCACUCGGACUGUUCUUCUUCCUGGAUGAUAUCACCGGAUUUGAAAUUACAUACUUGUUGGAGCUUCCAGAGCCAUUCAGUUUCAUCUUUACUUGGUUUGCCGCUGUGCCAUUUCUGGUUUGGUUAGCUCUUACCCUCACAAAUGCAGUUGUUAGAGACUCUUUGAUCUUGAAGGGACCUUGUCCAAACUGUGGAACUGAGAACGUUUCCUUCUUUGGCACCAUACUGUCAGUUUCGAGUGGUGGCAGCACAAACAAUCUCAAGUGCUCGAACUGUGGAACCGAGCUGGUUUACAACUCAAAAACACGCCUGAUUACGUUACCAGAAGGAAGCAACGCCUAAGUGAGAGGAUUUGUUAGCUGCAAUUCCAGGAGAAACAAGACCAAAGGAUAUCAUUAGGCAGUUACAAGAAUUCUCCAUGGUUGGAUACUAAGGAUUUUAAGAUAUUUAAAACCCUGCCUUGUAGAGAGUGGAUUCUUCAACUGUUGUACAACAUUGUAUCUUGAUGUACAAAUUUGUGAAUACUCAUCAUGUAUAAACGAUACCUAGAGAAGGGUGUGAUGAAGUUUCAGAAUGCCAUCCAAUAAAACAUAAUUCAUGUACGUAAA